GAGAGCGCGCACGCGCGCGCGGGAUGGAGCGUGAAAAGCAGUGGAGAGGGUGAGUAGGGGUGAAGAGUCCAAGUGUGCGUUAUUUCGGUGGUGACUCGGAACAAAAGGUUGCAACUUUUCUCUUCGACGUCGAUCUCACGCGUCAGAUUCGACGCUGUUAAUCUUCUACAGCUGUCACGGAACAAUCUGCAUCGAAACGGUAGUAAAACGUCAUCGUAGAGAUCCGCGGCUAAACCGAGACGAUUCGAGAGGAGCGAGUUGUCGGACCCGGCUUCAUUCCUAACCGACCGAUUGAUUGUCGUUCUCCAUCGAUUCGUCUUCUCCUAGGCACCCGUCCACCUGUUUCCAGCAUGGAGGCUCUCAUACCUGUGAUAAACAAGCUACAGGAUGUGUUUAAUACCGUCGGUGCUACCGUGUUACAGUUGCCGCAAAUCGUCGUGCUGGGUACGCAGAGCUCUGGAAAAUCAUCUGUAAUAGAGAGCUUGGUAGGACGUUCCUUUUUACCUCGGGGAACUGGUAUUGUCACGCGACGCCCGUUAAUAUUACAGCUUGUGUAUUCGCCAAAGGAUGAUCGAGAACAUAGAAGCGCAGACAACGGUACUCUGGACUUGGACGAAUGGGGAAUGUUUUUACACACAAAGAACAGAAUCUACAAAGAUUUUGACGAUAUUCGUUCAGAAAUUGAAGCCGAAACUGACAGAAUGGCUGGUGCAAAUAAAGGCAUUUGUCCAGAACCGAUUAAUCUUAAAAUAUACUCAACAUCAGUUGUUAAUCUGACACUUAUAGAUUUACCUGGUAUCACAAAGGUACCAGUAGGCGAUCAACCAGAGGAUAUUGAAGGGCAAAUCCAUGAACUUGUAUUGAAAUACAUAUGUAAUCCUAACUCUAUAAUCUUAGCAGUCGUCACUGCCAAUACCGAUAUGGCUACAAGUGAGAGCUUGAAGUUAAGUAAAGAUGUUGAUCCAGAUGGCAGACGAACGUUAGCUGUUGUUACAAAAUUAGAUCUUAUGGAUCGAGGAACCGAUGCCAUAGAUAUUCUAUGUGGUAGAGUCAUCCCGGUUAAACUUGGUAUUAUAGGCGUUGUCAAUCGUUCUCAGCAAGAUAUAAUGGAUAAUACGAGUAUUAAGGAAGCGCUAAAAAAUGAAGCCGCAUUCUUGCAACAGAGAUAUCCAACAUUGGCAAGUAGAAAUGGAACUCCUUACUUGGCCAAGACGCUUAAUCGUUUACUUAUGCAACAUAUCAGGGAGUGUUUACCAGAAUUAAAGAACAGAGUGAAUACAAUGAUCGCGCAAUAUCAAACCUUAUUCAAUUCCUAUGGUGGAGACGUCGAGGAUAAGAGCCAAACCUUGCUGCAAAUAAUCACGAAAUUUGCAAACAGUUAUUGCGCUACAAUAGAAGGUACCGCUAGAAACAUAGAAACCACAGAGCUAUGUGGCGGCGCUCGUAUCUGCUAUAUAUUUCAUGAAACAUUUGGCAAAACACUCGAUUCGAUUAAUCCGCUGGCGGAUCUCAGUAAAAUGGACAUACUAACCGCUAUUCGCAAUGCAACCGGUCCGAGACCGGCUCUUUUUGUGCCAGAAGUUUCCUUUGAGUUGCUAGUCAAACGACAAAUACGAAAAUUGGAGGAGCCUUCGUUACGAUGCGUAGAACUCGUGCACGAAGAAAUGCAAAGUAUAAUACAACAUUGUGGCACCGAGGUGCAACAGGAGAUGUUACGUUUCCCUAAAUUGCACGAACGUAUUGUCGAUGUUGUUACACAAUUGCUACGUAGACGGCUUCCGCAUACCAAUUCAAUGGUAGAGAACUUGGUGGCGAUAGAAUUGGCGUAUAUUAAUACUAAGCAUCCCGAUUUUCAUAAAGAUGCAGCAUUUGUAUCAUCUUUAUUGAAGGACGCUGAUGUAGAUCACCUAAAGCACAACAAACGAUUAGCUUCUGCAUCCAAUACUAUAAUCACUAAUGACACAAUUGUAAAAAAAUCAGUCAAUAAUCAAGAUAAGAAUUCUGUUUCUGAUCAGACUAAGGAACAACAAGGACAACAAAAUCAUUGGCUGCUAAGUAAUUUGCUGCUCCAGGGAAAAACGGAGUCGACUAGUUCGAUGGAUGGCUCUCCGGUCAGAAUGCGUGAAAAUAGUAAUUCUCCGCAUCCGAAUCCAGCGAUUGAAAUACAGAAAGCAUCAACUCCGCAACAAAAACCAGUAAACCUACUCCCUGCGGUGCCAAUACAGACAUCCCGAAAGCUUAGCGAACGUGAACAACGGGACUGUGAUAUUAUUGAAAGGCUUAUAAGAUCAUACUUUUAUAUUGUACGAAAGUCUAUUCAGGAUAGUGUACCAAAAGCUGUUAUGCAUUUUCUAGUCAACUAUGUAAAAGAUAAUUUACAAAGUGAACUUGUUACACAUUUGUAUAAAUCGGAUCAGGCUGAGGCCUUGUUAGUCGAAAGCGAGCACAUUGCUGUCAGACGUAAAGAAACAGCAGACAUGCUUAAGGCAUUAACUCAAGCCGGUCACAUCAUUAGCGAAAUUAGGGAAACGCAUAUCUGGUAAUCAAACGCCUAACUGGAUUCUAGUUGAAUUUAGGUAUUACAUCUGUGUUUUAAUGAACUAAGUUAAAGGAUGUACUUUACCAAUGUAUAUGACGGACCACUGUACAUAAUUUUUAUUUUUCUCAUGCAAGUAAGGUAUAUAUGUAUCACAUUGAAGCAAUGGUCCUGAUAUAUUUCAUUACUUAAUUUUAUUGAGCAUGAAGGAAGCACAUAAUAUCAUAAUAUAAAAUGCGCAUUUAUACAACAUCGAAUUAUUAUUUAAUUUGCAAGAUUUGUAUGAUUUAAGCUCGAUUUUCUACUAAUUAUUAAUAUAUAUAUAUCCCUGAUUUAUUGUGUGUA